CACCCCUGCAGUGUGACCUUCCCCUACCAGACACAGAGCAGGUUGCUCUCAGCAAGUGACAUUGGAGACAUGAAUCCCACCUGGGUCCAGCAACUUAUUGUCCUGGGGACGCUGCUGGGAGCCCGCCACACCAGUACGGAUACAGCAGGUUCCUGGUGCUACGAAGAUGCAGAAUGUGGUCCAGAGACUUGGGUGGCUCUGGGGCACGGUAACGGCACCAGGCAGUCCCCGGUCAACAUCGUCACCCCUGCAUCUGUCCACAGUCGCCACCUGGGGGCUGUGUCCCUCACUGGCUAUGAGGAUGCCAGAAAGCUUAUUUCCAUGGAAAACACGGGGAAGACAGUGUCCGUGCAUUUAGCAGAUGGGCUCCAUCUCAGCGCCCAGGGGCUCCCAGCUACCUACACAGCUAAAUCCUUCCACCUGCACUGGGGCGAGGGGGAAGACAGGCCUGGCUCGGAGCAUUUCAUCAAUCACAAAGGGUUCUCCAUGGAGCUCCACAUUGUUCAUACCAAGAACAACCUGAGCAUGGAUGACGCCCUCAAGGAUCCCGAGGGAAUUACUGUGCUGGCCUUCUUCCUCCAGGCAACAGCCCAUGCACGCCCCUCCCACUCCUGGGAUUCCUUCACUCAGCACUUGAAGAAGGUGGCUCUGAAGGGGAAGAAAAUGAAUCUAGAUGGCUCCUUCUCCCUGUGGGGGCUCCUGGGCUCAGUGGACCUAGCCCGCUAUUACCGCUACCAGGGUUCCCUCACCACCCCCAACUGUGACGAAGUCGUGGUCUGGACUGUCUUCCCUGACCCCAUCCUGGUGCCUCCUGGCGUGGUGACUGCGUUCACCUCCAUGCUCCACUCCACAGACUCAGCUGAUAAGCUGCAGAACAACUACCAGCCUCUACAGAGCCUUGGGGAUCACCAAGUGGAGGCCUCGGCGGCCCUCCGAGUCACCCCCAGUUCCUCUUCCACCCCGCGGGCUGCAGUGUUGAUCCCUCUACUCAUCAGUAUCAUGGUAAUCACCUGGCAGCUAUAAGGGGACAGAGCCAGACACCUAGAGGCUGGGCCUAAGCAGGGGGGGUGCUGGGAGCCAGGACUCCUGGGUUCUAUUCCUGGUUCAGCCACAGACUCCCUAUGUGACUGUCAUCAAGUGCCAUCCCUGCUCUGGGCCUCAGUUUCCCCAUCUAUAAAAUAGGGAUAGAUUUUUCUCCACAAUCCUGGAGAUCAACAUUGAUCACAGUCCUCUUUGAGACUGUGUGGGAAUGCACCCUUCAACUAACCUAUCUCAGGAGGAAUGGAUUGCAAGCCCCACGCUGCCAGGAGUUUGGACUGAGUGGGCAGAGGGGGGGUGACGUUGGACUCCAUAUGCUUUUUAAAAGUAUGCUUAUGAAUGUAAAUAUGAUGUAACGGGAAUACGCUUUAUGCAAAAGGUCUCCUGUAAGGUAUCAUUACAA